CACUCCCUCCAUCCACACGUGCUACCACGUGUCUGGUCAAUAUGUCUGUCCCCAAGUUUGGCUGUAGAUUCUUUAUAAGAAAUCUCUCGGAUCAAACGAGAUUCAAUCCUCUGGGCGUGCAGAUGCUCUCAAAGUCUCUCUACCAGCAGGUUUUCCCUGGGGCUGAGUCUCAAACAGAGCCUUCACAAGAAGCCAUCAAUAAGAGCGUAUCCCAUCUAUCGGAACACGGACUAUGGACCAACGGGAGUGGAACCACAGUGACUCAAGAAAACAUCGACAUCAACCUCCCUCCACUUUUUGGGGAAAACAUAUUGAGCCAUUUUACCAAACUAGCUGAAGAUCAGGUCUCCCCAUAUCGUCCAUUGAUAGCAUCUCUUGUUUGUGAGGGGUCUCUCUCUUCACCGCCCACGCAAUGGAAUUACAAGCCUGGAUGGACUUGCUAUUCUAAUGAUGGCUCUAUUACACUCGUACCUUUUCCAGACGAGAAGGCACUCAUAUUUGAUGUAGAGGUGUGUGUGCCUGAAGGCCACGCCCCUAAACUAGCCAUCGCUAUGUCUCCUAAUAAUGUAUACUCUUGGGUUAGCCCUAGGCUGUUUAGUGAACGGGAUUUUGCCGAGAAGUCAAAGGUUAACUUUGAUGAGUUGAUACCGUUGGAAGGAGGAGAGAGUUGGAGUGAGAGGAUCGUUGUUGGUCACAAUGUGUCUUACGAUAGAGCAAGGAUCAAGGAGCAGUAUCUUUUCAAUGGUCCAAAAACAAAAUUUCUGGAUACACUAAGUUUGCAUACGUGCGUAUCAGGACAAACUUCGACUCAGAAGGUGUUAUGGCGUUCGGCUUUGAAGCGAAAACGGCAAGAAAUGGAAAGCAAAGCAUUUGUACAAAGCCAUAAUGAGGAUGAGUUUUUUGAUGCUGUAGCAAAACUAUCUCGUUUAUCUAAAGAGAAAUGGAUGGAGGUUAGUUCUCCUAAUAGUUUGGCUGACAUGUACCAGCUUUACUGUGGAGGAGAGAAAAUUGAUAAAAGCUUGUCUGAGAUUUUUAUUAAAGGAAACUCGAGUGACAUCAGGGAUAACUUUCAGGAUCUAAUGGGCUACUGCUAUCAAGAUGUCAAGUGUACUUACGAGAUUCUUAAAGUCCUUUAUCCUCUUUUCUUGCAUCAUUGCCCUCAUCCAGUGACAUUAGCUGGAAUGCUUGAAAUGAGCACAAUGUACCUACCAGUCAAUGAGUCAUGGAAUACUUUCAUGCAGUCGGCCAGGUAUGUGAGCCUCUCGAAUUUUGUGGUUUGGACUAAUGAAGAGAGUGCAUCUGAUCAUAAGAGGAAGGCACAAGGUGUGAUCAUUCCUAAGGUGCAGGUUUCUGGUACAGUGACUCGAAGAGCUGUUGAACCAACAUGGCUGACGGCUAGCAAUGCCAAAAUCAAUAAGAUAGGCUCUGAGCAAAAGGCUUUUGUCCAGGCCCCACCAGGUUACUGUAUCGUUGGUGCUGAUGUUGAUAGUCAAGAGGUUUGGAUUGCUUCAUUGCUAGGGGACAAUCACUUCACUGGACUACAAGGUGGCACUGCAUUUGGCUGGAUGUCACUCCAAGGCAAUAAAAGCGAAGGGACUGAUAUUCACAGUAAGACUGCCCAGACCAUUGGAAUCACACGUGACCAUGCUAAAGUGUUUAAUUACAGUCGUAUAUACGGCUCAGGGAAGCAGUUUGCCAGCACGCUGUUAAAACAGUUUAAUCCACUGCUAAGUGAUGAGGAGAUUGAUGCUAAAUCCAAUUCAUUAUACGAAUCAACAAAAGGGAUUAGGAGGAUGCUGCUCUCAAAGAAAGCACAGGCCAUAGCAAGCUCAGCUGGUAUAACAAUCCACAGUGAUGGGUCAAUCAACAUAUCAGACUGGGUAAAGGAAUAUAAAAGCUUUCCACCAAAGUCUAGAGUAGGUACCUAUUGGUAUGGUGGUACAGAGUCUCAUAUGUUCAAUAAGCUGGAGUCAAUAGCUAAAUCCCCUCAGCCCCGCACUCCAGUACUUAACUGUCUCAUCAGUACUGCACUACAGAAGGAAAACGUUAAAGAAAAGUUCAUGACCAGUAGAAUCAAUUGGGUAGUCCAGUCUUCUGCAGUGGACUACCUUCACCUCCUCUUGGUGGCUGUCAAGUGGCUAAUGGCUCACUAUAACAUCACUGGUGGGAGACUCUGCAUCAGUAUCCACGAUGAAGUGAGAUACAUAGUGAGAGAAGAGGACAAGUACAAGAUGUCCCUGGCAUUGCAAGUUGCUAAUAUAUGGACAAGAGCAAUGUUUGCCCCAUCAUUGGGAAUGAACGAUCUACCAUUG